AUGCUGUUUACUGUCAUCGAUGUGGAAUUGAUCUAUACGAACCCUGUGAUCUCUUGCCAUAUAAGUUCAAUGUGGUCGGAACUUACGGUCCCUGUUACUGUUCCCUUAUUUUGUUUGACGGCAACGGUGCUAUGGAUUUAUUUGAAUUAUUUACACAACUAUUGGAAACGUUACAAUGUGCCGCAAAUCACACCUCUACCGUUGGUUGGUAAUUUGGGUAAAAUACUUAGCAUGGCUGAACCUUCUGCCAAGGUAAUUGAGGAAUUUUAUAAUCAUCCCAAGGCGGAGGACAAACCAUUUGUAGGAAUUUAUGUGUUUUAUCGACCGGCCAUAUUACUGCGUGAACCUGAACUUAUUAAACGGAUUUUAGUCAGAGAUUUUCCCAAGUUCAGCAAUCGUUUUUCCUGUUCAGAUAUCGAAGGAGAUCCUUUGGGUUCCCAGAAUUUAUUUAUGUUGAAAAAUCCUGCGUGGAAGGAUAUACGCUUCAAAUUGACACCGUUUUUCACCAGUGGUAAAUUGAAACAAAUGUUUCCGUUAAUAGCAGAGGUUGGUGAAAAUCUGAAUAAAUAUCUGCUGAAAUUCUCUACCUCUGCAGAUAGCCCCGAAUUCGAAUUGGAGUUAAAGGAAUUUUGUGCCUUGUACACUACGGAUGUUAUUGCCACUGUGGCCUUUGGUGUUCAAGCCAACUCAUUUGAAAAUCCCAAUGGCCAGUUUAGACGAAAUGGUCGUGAAAUAUUUCGUUUCAAUAAACGUAGAGCCAUUAAUUUCAGUGUUGUCUUCUUCCUUCCUCAUUUGGUUCCCUAUUUCGGGGCCAAAGUUGUACCUGACGAACAAACAGAGUUUCUACGUUCCACCUUUAAUUAUGUCGUUGCCGAGAGGGAAAAAUCUGGAAAGAUACGCCAUGACCUCAUCGAUAUUUUAAUUGAAUUUAAAAACAGUUCCAAAUGCAUCGCAUCUAAAAAUGGCGAGGUGAAAUUUGACGGUGAUCUUUUGGUAGCCCAAGCAGCAAUUUUCUUCACAGCAGGUUUUGAAUCGUCAUCGGCUACCAUGUCUUUCGCUCUCUACGAAUUGGCACGAAAUCCUGAAAUUCAAGAAAGGGUACGAGAAGAGGUGCGCACCGUAUUGAUAAAUAGUGGUGGAAAACUUACAUUGCGAAAUAUAGAAUCGUUGGAAUAUAUGCAAAUGGUUAUAAGUGAAACUUUGCGAUUAUAUCCCCCGUUGCCGUUUUUGGACCGUGAAUGUACUGUGGAGAAAGAUGAUAGCUAUUUGUUGGAACCAUUUAGCAGUUUUAGCAUACCAAAGGGUAUGCCCAUCUAUAUACCAGCAUAUGCUUUGCACAUGGAUCCAAAGUACUUCCCGGAACCACAGACCUUUAAUCCAGAGCGAUUUUCGCCUGAAAAUCGUAAAAACAUUACACCUUAUAGUUAUAUGCCAUUUGGACUUGGACCGCAUGCGUGCAUUGGAGAACGUUUUGCAUAUCUUCAAACAAAGGUUGGACUUUUGCAAUUUUUACGCAAUCAUCGCGUGACGUUAAGUCCAAAAAAUCCUCAUCGAAUUAAAUUGGAUCCCAAAGCAUUGAUAUUACAAUCUGAAGGCGGUAUCGUAUUGAAUGUACAACGAGAUCCAUUACAAUAUUGA